AUGAAUUUUGAAACUUCACGGGGUGCCACCCUACAGUACUGCCCUGACCCUUACAUCCAGCGUUUCGUAGAAACCCCCGCUCAUUUCUCUUGGAAAGAAAGUUAUUAUCGAUCCACCAUGUCCCAGAGCACACAGACAAGUGAAUUCCUCAGUCCAGAGGUUUUCCAGCAUAUCUGGGAUUUUUUGGAACAGCCUAUAUGUUCAGUUCAGCCCAUUGACUUGAACUUUGUGGAUGAGCCAUCAGAAAAUGGCACAACAAACAAGAUCGAGAUUAGCAUGGACUGUAUCCGCGUGCAAGACUCGGACCUGAGUGACCCCAUGUGGCCGCAGUACACGAACCUGGGGCUCCUGAACAGCAUGGAUCAGCAGAUCCAGAACGGCUCUUCGUCCACCAGCCCCUACAACACGGACCACGCGCAGAACAGCGUGACGGCUCCCUCGCCCUACGCGCAGCCCAGCUCCACCUUUGACGCCCUGUCGCCGUCGCCGGCCAUCCCCUCCAACACCGACUACCCGGGCCCACACAGCUUCGACGUGUCCUUCCAGCAGUCGAGCACCGCCAAGUCGGCCACCUGGACGUAUUCUACUGAGCUGAAGAAGCUGUACUGCCAAAUCGCAAAGACAUGCCCCAUCCAGAUCAAGGUGAUGACCCCGCCGCCACAGGGUGCCGUCAUUCGAGCUAUGCCGGUCUACAAGAAGGCUGAGCACGUCACUGAGGUGGUAAAACGGUGCCCCAACCAUGAGCUGAGCCGGGAAUUCAAUGAGGGACAGAUUGCUCCUCCUAGUCAUUUGAUUCGCGUAGAAGGGAACAGCCAUGCCCAGUACGUAGAAGACCCUAUCACAGGAAGACAGAGUGUGCUGGUGCCUUAUGAGCCACCCCAGGUUGGCACUGAAUUCACCACAGUCUUGUACAAUUUCAUGUGUAACAGCAGUUGUGUUGGAGGGAUGAACCGCCGUCCAAUUUUAAUCAUUGUUACUCUGGAAACCAGAGAUGGGCAAGUCCUGGGCCGUCGUUGUUUUGAGGCCCGGAUCUGUGCUUGCCCGGGAAGAGACAGGAAGGCAGACGAAGACAGCAUCAGAAAGCAGCAAGUUUCGGACAGCACAAAGAACGGUGAUGGUACGAAGCGCCCUUUUCGUCAGAACACGCAUGGUAUCCAGAUGACAUCCAUCAAGAAGCGGAGAUCCCCAGAUGAUGAACUGUUAUACUUACCAGUGAGGGGCCGUGAGACCUAUGAUAUGCUGCUGAAGAUCAAAGAGUCCCUGGAACUCAUGCAGUACCUCCCUCAGCACACAAUUGAAACGUACAGGCAGCAGCAGCAGCAGCAGCACCAGCACUUACUUCAGAAACAGGCCUCGAUGCAGUCUCAGUCUUCAUACGGUAACAGCUCCCCACCUCUGAACAAAAUGAACAGCAUGAACAAGCUGCCUUCUGUGAGCCAGCUUAUCAACCCUCAGCAGCGCAACGCCCUCACUCCCACCACCAUUCCUGAUGGCAUGGGAGCCAACAUUCCUAUGAUGGGCACCCACAUGCCAAUGGCUGGAGACAUGAAUGGACUCAGCCCCACCCAGGCCCUUCCUCCCCCACUCUCCAUGCCAUCCACCUCCCACUGCACCCCCCCACCUCCGUACCCCACAGAUUGCAGCAUUGUCAGUUUCUUAGCCAGGUUGGGCUGUUCAUCAUGUCUGGACUAUUUCACGACCCAGGGGCUGACCACCAUCUAUCAGAUUGAGCAUUACUCCAUGGAUGAUUUGGCAAGUUUAAAAAUCCCUGAGCAGUUCCGGCACGCGAUCUGGAAGGGCAUCCUGGACCACCGACAGCUCCACGACUUCUCCUCCCCGCCGCACCUCCUGCGGACCCCGAGCGGGGCCUCCACGGUCAGCGUGGGCUCCAGCGAGACCCGCGGGGAGCGCGUCAUCGACGCUGUGCGCUUCACCCUCCGCCAGACCAUCUCCUUCCCGCCCCGCGACGAGUGGACCGACUUCAACUUCGACCUGGAUUCGCGUCGCAACAAGCAGCAGCGCAUCAAGGAGGAGGGGGAGUGAGUCCUGUCCUGGGGGCUCCUUCCGUCCCCUCCCACCUGCCAACCCUCCGCAGAGCACCCGUGCCCGGUCGGCGGAGGCUACCUCCUCACUAACACCUGACCUGGCUUCUGCUUCUGAUUCUGGCUUUAAGCCUUCCAAACUACAGUGGCAGGACUGAAGCUGCCCUGGCUAGGUAGAAGUGAGCAAAAAAAGAGGUGGGUAUCUCCUUAAGCUGCAGAGAUUUCUCGUUGACUUUUAUAAAGCAUUUUCACCCUUAUAGUCUAAGACUAUAUAUAAAUAUAUAAAUAUAUAUAAAUAGGCAGUAUCUAUUUUCGGGUGGGGGCAUUGAGUAUUGUUUAAAAUGUAAUUUAAAGGAAAGAAAAUUGAAUUGCACUUAACGACUUUUUAAAAAAAAAUUUGUUUUUGAUGACUUGUCUGUACCCCUUUUCUCAAAGGGCAUCAGGUAUGCUGAUAGGAAUCUGGAGCUUGGUGACAUGUGUGUAAGAAUGAUGCACAGGUCCUUUGCGUUCUUUGGAGACUGAACACAUGCCAAAACAUAGAUACCGUUUUAUUUACCACUGCUUAUUGAGUGUGUGAGAUUGUAUUACGUACACUUUCCUCCGUGUUGCUGUACUGUAUGUCGCUGACAGCCCUGCCAGUGAAAGUAGUUCACUUUGGGGUUAUUUAGUCCAAUUAUAAGAGAAAUUUAUGUACAGGUUAUCAUACACUAAAGGAAAGGACACGUCUUGUUUUGGUUUAAAUUGGGAAUGAGCAAUGUGAGUUACGGCUAAAAUUCUGAAAGCAUGCAUCACAAUCAGUUCCAGAACAACUGGUAUCACGUAUCUGAGUAUAUCAGGAAACCCCUUAAAUUUGACACCAGACACCUUAUCUUGUAGUAUUUAUUGAGGAAAAAAAAUCGCUGCCAUUACCGAAGUCUUAAAACUAAAUUUCACAACUGUAUUAACGAACUCAGAUGCACAUUUGCUCCUCUUAACUAGAAUGCAGGCUGGUUCUAUUGGGAUGAAAACCAUGUACUGAGUUCUUGUGGUAAAGUUGGACUAUCUAUCAAAAAUAUUCAGAAAAAAUAAGAAUCAUUCAGAAAUAUUAAAUCCAUACUAAACCAUAAGACAUCUCAGCAAACCAUGAAUUGAAGUUCUUGAAAAGUCUUUUCAAGCAUAAAUAAUAGUAUUUGGUAAAUGUUUCUUUUAAAGACCUUCUUCGUCUAUAAAAUUCUGCAUGUAGAGGCUUGUUUUCUUUUCUCUCUUCAAGCUUUAAAAUAGGAAUGGGAAGGAUAAAAUUAUCAGAUUAGUUUUCUCGUGCCAUAAGUUACAUCAUUGUAUCAUUUUUCUUUUUUAAUCAAGAAGCUUUUCAGUUCGCUGGAAAAUAACUGUGAGAACCCGAUUUCCCGUCCAUCACCCUUAGGGAUUGUGCAUAAUAAACAUAAUAAAUAUAAACAUAAUAAAUAAACGUAAAAACAUCCCCAUAAAGCAAGGAAUGAUCCUUUCAUGGAAGCUGUUACUUAAACCACAUAAACAAAGAGAUGUCUUCAAACUUUGGGGAAACAUGUAAAUGACAAUAUUCCUCCUAGAUAUUUUUAGAAACAUACUUUAUAUCACAUAUUUUUUUCAGAAUGUAAAAUAUAUUUUUUGUAUACAUGCUAAUGAGCUAAAAUCUUCCUAUGCAUUCUGAUAAAGACUUGUCCUUGCCCAUAAGCUUCUAUUUUUAUUUUAAAGUGCAAAAGGGCUAACGUGGCUCUGAAAUAUAAUGUAAUGUAUGAGUUUCAUCAGAAAAGUCUGUAUAUAUUUGUGAGUGAAAUUGCAUACUUUGUAUUUUGGUUACUUUUCUUUCUUCUUGGGAUAGUGUGUUUUCCAGAACCACACUUGAAACCUUUUGUAAUUGUUUUUAUGUUUUCGUGGAAAUAUCAUUUAGUAAGGAUACAAUGUCAAAAAAGAAAUAACACUGUAAUUUUAAGAUGGGGAGGGAGGGAAAGUUGUUUUUUUAUUGUUUUUUUUUUUUAGAAUUUUGUAUGUUAAAGAGGGUGAGUCCUUGAUUUCAAAGUUUUGUUGUGCUUAUGUGGUAAUAAGCACUAUUAAUUUCUGACAAGCAUGCAGCUUUGCAGAGUCAUUAAGGGGAAGAAUGAAAGCUGUGCCUUGGCAAUAUUAGGAGGGCAAAUGGCUUCCUCUCUGUCCUGAGUGUUUGAAUAAACCUGGGGCUUCUGCGCUAUUUCAGCACUAUUCAGGUGGCACUAGGGGUUCAGAAAGUCCUGUACUGUAGCUCAUGGAUUUAGCACUAGCCAAAGCUAGGCACUGUUACUGGCUUCACAUCUCAUGGCAACUUACACUUGAGUAUAUGAGUAGCCAGUAUAAGGGAUAAAAGACUAUUAAGUACAGACAACUGGGAGUGGCCUUAAUGGAGUCCUUGUGGCCUCAGCUCAAUGCAGUUGGCUGGUGAAUCGCAGAUUUUUAUUUGUGGAUGGCUAUGAACAGAAAUGGAAAGUAGAAUUGUCCUCAUUAAAUCCAUUUACUUUUUGUUUUCUUGAUAUUCCCCUAUAAUACAGUAUGUGGGAAAUUGAAUGUUAAAGGGAUAUGUUUUUUUAUUAUUUUUAUAAUUGUAUAAAAAUUAAGCAAAUUUCAAAAGUUUUAUAUGCUUUAUAAUGUUUUUCAAAAUUGCUUUCAUAUAGAUGUGAUUUUUUUUUUUUUAAGCUUCAGUUGCUUGUCUUUUGGUAUUUUGUAUUAUAAGCUUUUGGUGAUCCAGAGGCAAAUUUACAACCCACUUAUGUUUGCCAGGACAUGCAAUAAAAUUUAAAAAUAAAAUAAAAACUGGUUGAAAAUUUGU